AUGUCGCAGCACCCGUACCAGCAGGCCCACGGGCCCACCUACCCGGCCCAGGCGGGCGCGUUCGCCUCGACCUCGUCCGCCGUCGGCUCGACCCGCUCUGGCCGCCAGGUCAAGCCCGUAAAGCCCUACACGGCUCCUGCGCAACCCAUACGCGCUCGCUCGGGCCUCAACCCGCUCAGCAAGGCCCAUGCCCAUGCCGCCAUCGCCGCCGCCAACACGCCCCUCGGCCCUCCUCCGCCUCCUCAGCGGCAUCCCCUCAGCCUCGCACCCGGCGCCGUCCCGCCCUUGACCCGCAUCACCGGCCACGGCAACGAGCGCAAGCAGGCCAUGUUCACCACUUUCCCCGCCCGCAUGCGCCUCGGCACCUCGACCCUCGUCCAGCCCAACGUGCCCGGGCCCUCGUCGUCCAACGCCGCCGCCAAGGAGCCCACCUCGAGUGCCGGCACGGGCGCCAACACGCCCAUCCUCGCCCCGGGCACGCGCCGCAUCCGCAGCACGGUCAACUACGCCGACCUCGAGAACCUCGACGACGACCUCGACCUCGAUUCGGACGCGCCCGGUGCGGCCGACGCCCGCAAGCGCGGCGCGAGCGGGACGCCGGCGGGCUCGCGCAAGCGUGGCGCGCUCGCCGAGCAGCAGGCGGGUGGUGGGACGCCCGGGCCCGGGCAGCAGCAGACGGCCAAGGUCGACGGCAAGCCCGAGGUGUGGGGCGACGGCAAGAGCUACCUCGGCGUGCUCCCGCCGGGCAACCUCGUCCAGGUCCAGCCGACAAAGGGCACCAAGCACACGGCAUGUACCGAGGACCAGCUCGACGAGGCGGCAGAAACACCUGGGGUCUUUAUCCCUGUCCAGAUCGACCUCGACGUCGACACGUUCAAGAUCCGAGAUUGCUUCGUCUGGAACGUGCACGAGAAGCUCAUCACGCCUCAAGCGUUCGCCCGCAUCUUCUGCGACGACCUCGACAUCGACCACUCGCACUUGCAAGAAGUGUCCCGACAGAUCCAGGCGCAGAUCGACGAGCAGACGCUCGUCGCCCAGUUCCCGUUGCGCUCGCCCGAGGAGGAGGAGGAGCACGUCGAGCGGGAUCAACGCGUGGUGCUCAACCUCGACAUCCAGCUCGGCACCCUGCACCUCACCGACCGCGUCGAGUGGGACCUCUCGUCGCCCCUCACGCCCGAGCUCUUUGCCGCCACCCUCGUGCGCGACCUGUCGCUGUCGCCGUCGGCCGCACCCGUCAUCGCCCACGCCCUGCACGAGGAGCUGCACCGCUCGAAGCGCGCCUGCCUCGAGCUCGGCCUGUUCCACGCCGACGAGGCGACCCGGCUUCGACGAGGCGCCAAGCCGCUCGAGGGCGUCUGGCGCGAGUGGAACGAGGCGCAGAGCUUCGGGCCGAGGGUCGAGCGGCUCAGUCUGGACCAGCUCGACAAGCUCGAGGCUGAGCGGGAGCGCGUCAACCGGAUCGCCAAGCAGAGCCAGAUCUCGGGCGCGUCGCGCAAGGCAGGGCGGCCAAAGCGGUGAUGGGUACAGCUGUAGCAGCCUGCCAUGCCACCCUGGUUCGGCACGUCGUCGUCGUG